AUGCAUCCGCUUCCAGGCCCCCGAUGCAUCCGUCUUGUCGACGUCGAGCUCGGGCCAGAAGACGAGGCCGUGUCCAUAUCCAUCCAGGCUCACCAACUCGAGACGGCACCGCCAUAUGACGCUCUGUCGUACACCUGGGGUGAUCCUAGCUCCCCACUGGCCUUCCCGCCAGAGAUGUCGAUGGAAGAUUCCUACAUACUCUGCGACGGAAAGCCACUCGCUGUCAGGCCAAACCUCGCAAGCGCCCUCCGAGCCCUUCGCGCCCCCGCCUCCGCACCGGGCAGACUGGGAAUCCCCCGGCAGGCCUUGAUCUGGAUCGAUGCCAUCUGCAUCAACCAAGACGACCUGGCCGAGCGCGCCGCCCAGGUCGCCAUGAUGGGCGACGUUUACGGCCGGGCCGAGACGGUCAUCGUGUGGCUCGGCCCCGAGGACGCAACUACCGACGACGCCAUGCGGGUCCUGAAUCGGCUCUCAGCCGUCCCCGAGAGCGCGCUGGCCGCGGUGCGCGACAGCAGCCUGCCGCUCGACAUCCGCAACCCCGGCGUCUACAGCCGGCAGCUGGCCAUGGACCCGGUGCCCAUGCAUGAGUGGCUUGGCUGGAUCGCCUUUGUCGAGCGCAACUACUUUCGCCGCGCCUGGAUUAUCCAGGAGGUCGUCAAGGCGCGCCAGCUGGUCUUCCUCUGCGGCGCCCAUGUCUUUUCCUGGCACGUCUUCUCGGCCGCCUACUCCUUCCUGCACGACACGCGCUGGCUCCAAAUCCUGACCCCGUCCUAUCUCCUGACCUAUCUCGCCCCGAGCGAGAUCCCAGGUAGGUACCGGCGCUUCCUGGACCCGGACCGACAUACCGUCGAGGACUCGGCCAUGGUCGUCCGCUACGCACGCCAGUAUUUUGCUGAGGCUGGCAGGUCUAUCGCCCUGGUCGAGUGCCUGCGCCUGUUUCGCAGCAGCCUCUGCUCGGAUCCCAGAGACAAAGUCUUUUCCGUUCUCAGCAUCAUCGAUGAGAACUCGCCCGAGCUCGAGGCGUGCCCGGAUAUCCGUCGCGUCGACUACGAGGUUCCCGUCCCCGAGCUGUAUCUCGACGUCGCGUGGUCUAGCAUCCAGUCCUCGCAUGACCUGGCCAUCCUCAAGCACAAGGAACAGGAAGACGAGACUCGUGUCAAGGGUCUUCCGUCCUGGGUUCCGGACUGGUCGGCCCCGCACACCCAUACCCCUCUCGACUCUGACGACACUGCCGCCGCCUGGGACGCGUCUGCAGGGCUGCAUUUCCUGUUGCCGCCGGUGCAACGCAAUCGCCACCUGCCGGCUCGGGGCGUGCGGAUAGGCUCUGUCGCCGCACUGUCGGCCGGUUCCAGUUUUGCCAUCGAAUUUUGGGCUAGUCUCGCGCCGCUGGCGGCCGGCAUGGCUCCAAGCUAUCCAUCACGGUUUGAAGACAAAGACGCCCCUCAUGAUGAGUCCAGCCGAUUGGAGUUACUAUCGAGGACGCUGUGGCGGGACCAGAUAAACUCCUUGAAUCUCUCACCAACACAGGCCCACUCCCUGACACUCGGCUACAUUCUGUGGCAGCUGCAUCUCGGCUACGUGGAGGCCACGCUGGUCGACGACCAGAUUCUGCUGGAGCCCCGGCCUCGCGACGAGUGGGACUGGCAGCGCAGGGUCCGGGAGAACUCGGACGACUGGCCACCCAUGCCGCUGUUCCGCCCCCUGAUUGCGCUGCUCAGCACCGAGCCCCUCCUGUCGCCCGUCAAGCUCGACCUGGCACUGGCAUUUGCCGAAGAGCUGGCCGAGACGAACCAAGCCGAGGUUGUAAUCGACAGUAGCCAGACUGCAAAAGCCUCUGACCAUGGCGGCGAGCAUGGCGGCGAGCAUCACGCCAUGGCCGUCGUCUCUGGCGAGGAGCUGGCGCGGUACAUAAAUGUGGGGCUGGCCGACAGGCGAGUCGCCCGCAACGACGACCUGGGCAUGAGUCUGGUGCCGGAGUGUGCCCGCCCGGGCGACGAGAUAUGGGUGCUAGCCGGAGCGAAAACGCCCUAUAUUCUUCGGUCCAGCGAGGUUUCGGACCGUUACUCCGUGGUUGGAGAAGCGUUCGUGCACCACGUCAUGGCCGGGCAGGCGGCAGCGAGCGGAGAGGCGGUGCGAGAUCUCGUCCUCCAGUGA